UCAGAACGUGUCAUUCUCGAGGCAGCUCGUCGACUCUUUGGUCGCACGCGUUUCCCUUGCAGUUUUUAGAAUCGUUCGGUUUUCGUCUUAGCUUUUAUUUAUUGCGCCAUUUUGCUGGCAGACGAUCUGUUAUUACCUCGCAGUGUUGUUUGUUUGAUUUCUCCGUCUGUGUGAACCGUUCGAUUUGUUUUCUUGUUGUUGGUUUCAUCACCGGAUAUUCGACUUCGUUUUGCUCGUGCUCGUGGAAGAAAGUGUUUGUCAGAAUCGACACAACUGCCGUUACGCACUGUACGUUCACCUCUGCCCCAUCAGCGAGUGACUUUUUUCCCUCUGUUGGGAAAUAGAAGGGGGGGAACGAGACAUACAAACAAAAUUCUCUGAAAAAAGAAAAGAAACUUGUUUUCUAGCUACUUUUUUUUUCCUCUUUGAUGCCGUGUUGGUAGUUUUGGGGAGGUUUUUAGCAGCCGCAUUUUUCAACGCGUCUAGAACCCCGAAAUCUAUUCUCCAUUUUUUUUUUGUGGGGGGAGAGAUUUUGUUCUUUCCUUCAUGGCUCGCUGGCCGACGCUCGUCGUUGCUGUGGCCUUGGCUUUGUUCGCCGCAGUGUCGACUGCCGAAACUCAAGUUCCCCGUUUGGAUGGAACUGGCAAGAGUGGCAACAGCGGCUACCAUGGCCUGGUCGACGAAGAUAAGCUGAUCGUCGAUGUGACGCCGAAAAUACGCGCCGUUGGCGCCGAAAUCUGCGCCUUCCGCAUCGUCAACAAACAUCACGGAGAGACUCCAUUCGAGAUUGUGGUGAAAGAUCGGGAGAAGGGCGAAGCUGAAUUACGGGCCAAGAAGAGCCUCAACUGUGAGAAGAAGAAGAACUACAAGUUCGACAUUGUAGCCGUCUCCUGCGCCGGAAUCUCAUCGGAAAAUGCGACGGUGCAUAUCAGCGUCAAUGACGUCAACGAGUACGCACCGAAAUUCAACCAGCCGUCGUACGUCGUCGAUGUUGACGAAGGUCGACCGGCUGACAAGAUCAUCCAGGUGGAAGCCAAUGACGCCGACUGUUCUGCCAAGUACGGCGACAUUUGCCGCUACGACAUCCUCAACAAAGAUCAACCGUUUGCCAUCGACAAUGAAGGUGUCAUUCGCAGCAUCGAGCCCCUGGAUUACGAAAAGAAUCACAAUCACAUCCUGCAGGUUGUCGCAUACGAUUGUGGAAUGAAACGAUCCGAGCCCGUCCUGGUCAGCGUCAAAGUCAACCGAGUCUGCCGUCUUGGAUGGACUGGCAUCAGCGAACGUGUGGAAUACGUACCCGGAUCGGGUCGACAGGAUCUUUUCCCCGAGGCGCAAAUCAACUUGUGCGAUUUCCCUUGCCAACCCGAAUCCAUCCAGGCCCGUCUCACGUUGGCUUCCUCCCAUUUGGGCAAGAACUGCGACCGCGAUACUUACACCGUCCAGAACCAAAGGAAAUUGUGCGGAGCCAAUAGCCGUGCCAUCGAUCUCUUGCCGCCACCAGGACCUGGGGCCGAAUGGACGCGUGACCUCCCCGUUGACCAAGGACGUGAAGCCGAUCAGGUCUUCGUGUUUGACGGAUCAACAGGCGUGACGGUACCGCCGGAAGUGAUGGCUCACAACCUGACGAGAAAUUUCACCAUGUCGGUUUGGCUGAAGCACGAACACCACGCCGGACAGGACAAACAUGUCAAAGAGCACAUUCUCUGCAAUGCGGAUGAUCACCAAAUGAACCGUCAUCAUUUCUCUUUGUUUAUCCGCAAUUGUCGGCUCAUUUUACUUUUGCGUCGGGAGUUUGGAGACGGAGAUCUCAAAAGUUUCCGGCCGGCUGAGUUUCGCUGGAAAUUGCCUCAGGUUUGCGACGGACAAUGGCAUCAUUACGCCGUUUCCAUGGAGUUCCCAGAAGUUCAACUGUACGUUGAUGGACGUCCCAUGGUAGCCAGCAAAAACAACCCUGAAAUUAUUGAUGACUGGCCGCUCCAUAACAGUCACGGAUUGAACACAACUCUCACGGUCGGCGCUUGCUGGCAAGGAUCCCAAAGCCGGAUGCAACAUUUUAUGCGCGGCUCAAUGGCUGGCCUUUCGGUGCUGGCUGGCCAAAUCGAACUCGAUGAAGUGAUCGCUUGUUUGCACAAGUGCAAAGAGAAUCUCGAAGCUCCGCCAAUGGAACUUCUUCAACCGGGCAUGGAAAUCCUGAACAACAACGAUUUGACCGAGUUGACAUUGGAGGGCGAAAACAAGACCAACUUGGAGGUGCUAUUGCGUAAAGUCGCCUACGCCAAUCUGAGAGACUUCCCAACGCCUGGCCGCCGUCCUCUGCGUCUCUACACGAAUAUCGUGUGCUCGUCCGGCCGGACACUCAAGAUCCCCGUCUUGGAGAGCGCCAUUGUGGUCCAGGCCACUCCGCUACCUAUUGUUACCGUCACCGGUCUGUCCAGCUCUCAUUACGGCUACGAGUCGUUGAGAAGUGGCGUCCAUCUUUUCCCAGACGCUCGCAUCGAAGUCAGCAACGCUGACGCCGCCGCUGCUCAAGACUCUUCCUCGGAAGAGGAUGAGUCAUCUGAAGAAGAGGACCUGAUGAUGAACAUUGCCCAGCGCGUCGACUCUUGCACGGCCACCGUCUACCCGCCGCUGAAUCCGGAUCACGAAACGCUUACUUGGCCGCAGAAUCUCCUCAGCCAGUUCAAGAUUGAAGCCAAAUUCAGCCACGACGGUGUCACUUUGAUGGGCAGCGAAUCCACAAACCACUACGAACAGAUCCUUCAUCAGUUGCAGUACAACAACCACAAGCCGGCCUACUAUUUGACCCGCGCUUUCAAGCUCAUCUGCUCGCAGAUGAGCGGGCGAUUUGCCAGCAACGAGCUCAUCCACACUGUCACCGUUGAUCAUCCGCAAGCGUCUUCAUUCGUUGAUGGAUCGACUUCUACGCCGGUGGUGGCCGCUUCUAGCACUUCGGGCGCGGCAUCCAGUUCGUCGCUUGGCCAUUCGACCGAACCAUCUACCAGCGCUCCGCAACCACCCAACCAACAGACGUUGAGUCAUCAGAGCAAGACGGCCGCCCCGGCGCACGCUAAGGUUGACCGGCAUCACGUUGAUAUCCGUCCCGUCGGACCCAUUACCGCCAUCUCCGAUGUUUAUAUGGGCACGGGCAUGGGUGGCACCGUUCAGGGCCACCUGUCCAGCGGUGCUAGCCACACCGUAACGAUCAUCGUGAUGGUCUGCGCCGGUUUCCUUCUGCUGAUGAUCAGCUUGGGAGUGGUGCGCGUUCGUGCCGCUAGGCGCCGCGCCCAACAAGACGAGACGACGGCCGACACUGAAAUGGCUUGGGAUGAUUCCGCCCUCACCAUCACCGUCAACCCGAUGGAGACGCUGGAGGCCGCCGAAAAGUCGACUAUGACACGAACUUCGCACCGUCACGACGAUUCCGACUCUGAAGAUGACAGUUGCCAUGGCAACGAUUCCAGCGACGAAGAUCCGGAUGAUGACGACGACGAUGACGACGACGAUGGUGGCGCAUGCAAAGCCCGCGACCUCGAGUGGGACAAUUCCACCUUGAGUAUUUAAGACAAAC